AAAGCGCCUUUGCUGCAAAAGGGCCGAGCGGUCCAAAACGCCUCGGCCAAAGGAGGGCGCCUCGGUCCCGCCAGGGCUUCCCACCCUCUGCCCGUCUUCCCUCCCUCGGAGUCAGGAGAAGCAGGGAGCCGCCGCCCACGCCGCCGCCAAACUACCACUUAUUUCGCCGGAGCCGCCGUCAAAGCUACUCCGCCCGGCUCCGCGGCGCACCGUCCGGCAAGGGGCCACUGAGGAGCGGCGGGGCGAAUGCCGGGCAUGUGGGCAGGCCACUGAGACGCGGGCGUCGGCUGUGGAUGCAGUUUCCUAAUCCAGGAUGAAUGAAUGCCACUAUGAUAAACGCAUGGACUUCUUUUAUAACAUGAGUAAGGCAGACACGGCAGACGAGUGGUCAGGGACAAGUCUUGUCAUUGUUUUAUGCUUUGGGACCUUCUUUUGCCUCUUCAUCUUCUUUUCGAAUUCACUAGUCAUAGCAGCUGUGGUCAAAAACAAGAAAUUUCACUUUCCCUUUUACUACUUGUUAGCCAAUCUAGCUGCUGCGGACUUUUUUGCCGGCAUCGCUUAUGUGUUCUUAAUGUUUAACACAGGCCCAGUGUCAAAAACAUUAUCUGUUAAUAGGUGGUUUUUGCGUCAGGGACUUCUGGACACAAGCCUGACAGCUUCUCUGGCCAACCUGUUAGUCAUUGCUGUCGAGCGACACAUGUCAGUCGUGCGGAUGAGGGUUCAUAGUAACCUUACAAAGAAGAGGGUGACAUUUUUCAUUUUGUUGAUUUGGGCCAUAGCAAUUUUCAUGGGUGCGGUGCCUACACUGGGCUGGAACUGCAUCUGUGACAUAUCAACCUGCUCUUCCCUCGCUCCUAUUUAUAGCAGAAGUUACUUGAUAUUUUGGACAGUCUCCAACCUGGGAGUUUUCUUCAUCAUGGUAGUGGUGUACAUAAGAAUUUACAUGUACGUCCAGAGGAAAACCAACGUUUUGUCUCCCCAUACUAGUGGAUCCAUGAGCCGCAGGAAGACUCCAGUGAGGCUUAUGAAGACAGUCAUGGCCGUCUUAGGUGCCUUUGUGGUGUGCUGGACGCCUGGUCUUGUCAUUCUGCUUCUGGAUGGCUUGAACUGCACCCGAUGUGAGGUUCAGAAUGUGAAGAGGUGGUUUCUUCUCCUGGCUCUGCUGAACUCUGUCAUGAAUCCAAUCAUUUAUUCUUUAAAAGAUGAUGAGAUGUCAACUACUAUGAAGCGCAUGAUCUGCUGCUCUUUUGAGGAGAGAAAUCAGGAGCGCCACUCUUCCAGGGUCCCUUCCACCGUACUCAGCAGGAGCACAGAUUCCUCCAGUCAGUACUUUGAAAAUGGCAUUAGCCAAGGGACUAUCAGCAGCAAAGAAAAUGCAUGAGCAUUUUCUCCUCAAGGUGUGGACUGCUAUGUGGUGGGGAAGAGUGGUAGCAAGUGGAAUGAAUCCUGAACAUGCUGAGGUCACUGAAUCUUGAAACCAUAAAAUACUGUGUUCCGUGUAUCAAAACCCACAUUUCAGGGUUACCUGAACAAUUACCGGAUGAAGAAAUAAUGUACUUGAAGGGGUGAAAAAGAAAAGGAGUGAUCUUACACAAUGACCUAGCACAAGCCGUAGAAACCUUGUGGAAUCUUCUUGCCUCAGCAACCUAGUUAUCACAGAGGCUGUAUGGGAACCUGUGUCUGGACUGUACCAUUACAAACUAUUCUUGCAGGGUACAGUGAUUCUCAUUGCUGAACAACUUCACAUUCAGUGUGUAUACUUGAAUGUGUCCAUGUCAAUAACUAGGAGGACAGACAGAAGAGUUAUGGACUUUCCUCUCUACUUGUUAGUUGCUUUAGUAGUAAACAAUAGGAGCAUAUUGACCUAUUCAAUUAUGUGAGCUGUUUCACCUCUGGAGUCUAAAAUGGUAAAGCCCAGAAGGACCAGCCCUGCCAUUAGGCAGAAUGGAGCAACUGCUAUUGCUGAGUCCCCAAGCUUUGUUUCUGAGCUUCUCAGAGUCCCAACCGUUCCCGCAUUUCAGAGGGAAACACUAUACUGUACCUGUCGCAGAGCCUACUCUUACCCUCUAAACAGGCCUGUUGCCUUCAGGUGUGGCAGAGAAUGUUCUGGCAAUUCCAGUAACAAACCGUCAUUUGGCAGUUAGUCGGCAUUUGUACCUCGAACUGAGGAAAGGUGCCAUCGUGUUCUUCACCACAGGCAGCAAAAUGUCCCAGGUGGGCCUUGUAGCCCAGACAAUAUGUAAUCUUUUCAGAUAAACAUGGCUAAAAGUAUUUUUCAUGACAUAAGUGAGGUUGUAGAACCAAACUAUAUCUUCCUUAUGUGUAUCCAUGUUGUUUACAUCAUGCUUAGUGUAAAGGUUUGCCAGUUUCCCUUCUAAAGGCAAAAGUACAAUGGAUUUCUAAAAUAAAUAGCGAGCAUGCCGCAGGCACUCAAGACUGCCUCCUAAUAACACAUUACUUCACACAUAUGCAACUUCUGUGUCUUGUUAAUACACCCAGAUCAUCUCCUAAUCCUUAUACUGAAGGGGUGACUGGAUCCCUGGUCUUUACAAUCAUUAUAAAUACAUACUGGGGUAACUAUUGGAAGAUUAAUAAUAACUUUGAGCUUCCAUGAAGCCUCAUCUUUUGAAAAGCCAAGUUUUGAAGAACAUGUGGUUAAAAUGAGAGUGUAAUGACAAAGAAACAGAGAAGAAUAUACUGUAUAUUCAUUUGUGGUUUAUCAACAUUAUCCUUUCUGGUUGACAAGAGAUCCCUGGAAAGAUUUCUACAGAGGAAUCAAAUGGUACAUAUUUUUAUUUUAGUGUACAGUACUUAAAACAAAUUCCAUAUGUAUAGAUUUAUUUUCACACUGUACUUUUUAAGUGGUUGUAUCACAUGUGAACUGAGGUCAAUGAUAUAACUAAUACGAUUGUCCAAUGUUUUAAAUAAUUGUUUAUUGUUUGAGUUUGGGAAAUGCUCUUCAGAUACAGGAAUUCUUCCAGAAGAAAUCCUAGGCCUAACUGCACCUAAUAUUAAUCAUGUUACUUGGAAUCACAUCCUCCUUAUUUAUUUACUUAUUUCACUACAAGUGUGUAGCAUUUAAUUUUUAUUAGGACCACAGUGCAUGGAAAGGUGAGGUUUUGCUCUUUGCUCCGUCCACCCAUGAUUGCAACAAAUAUCUCUCCCUGCACACUGCACUUGGGGUUUGGAUAAAAGCCCCCUGGGGGGUAAAUAAUGCCUGUAAGUGAACAAAGUAACAAAUUUGGUCUGAUUUCAAGCAAUGCAAUUGGUAUGGUGUAUAGUGGUUUUGGCAUCUGGCUACAGAGCCAGAAGUAGAGAGUUUGACUCCCCACUGUACCUCCUUG